AUGGUAGAUCCUACGAAGAUAGAAGCUAUGCAGAAAUGGCCCAGGCCUACUUCUACUACAGAGAUUUGCAGCUUUUUAGGCUUAGCAGGCUAUUACAUGCAUUUUGUGCAGGAUUUCUCCAGAAUAGUAGCGCCACUGACCAAGCUAACACAGAAAAAUGCAAAGUUUCAAUGGACAGAGGAAUGUAAGCAAAGCUUUCAGAAACUCAAAACAUGUUUGACAACUGCACCAGUAUUAGCCUUACCAUUAGGUUCUGGAGGAUUUACAGUAUUCUGUGACGCCUCAAAGCGUUGUUGGAUGGAACUACUCAAAGACUAUGAUUGUUUUAUUUUGUAUCAUCCUGGAAAAGCGAAUGUGGUGGCUGAUGUAUUAAGCAGAAAAUCUAUGGGGAGUUUGGCACAUGUAGCUCCUGCAAAGAGACUUUUGGCCAAUCAGAGACUAGAAGAUGCAGGUAUCAGAUUUAGUGUCGGAAAUUCAGAGGCAUUGUUGGACUAUGCUCAGGCUAAGUAUUCAUUAGUUAAGCGUAUUAAGGCCACCCAAUAUGAGGAUGAGCGAUUUUGCAAAUACAGAGAUGAGGCCUUAGCUGGUAAAAGUAAGGAUAUGAUUGUUGACAGUGAUGGUGUUCUUCGAAUGGGUGAUACGCUAUGUGUCGCAGACGUAGAUGGGUUGAGGCAUUCUAUUCUUAAAGAAGCUCACAACACUAGAUAUACUAUACAUCCUGGAUCCACAAAAAUGUAUCAUGACCUAAAGCAAUUCUAUUGGUGGGAAGGUGGUCAUGGUUCUCAGACGCAUUAUUUGGAUCAGCAGUCCUUCAGUGCACCACCAGCUCCCAUCAGUACAUCGCUGCUUCAGAGUUUCUGA